AUGGAUCACCUCUCCUCCACAAAACAAUUUAUAGACGAGGCGUUAAAAACAGCCGAACAGGGAACACUACCCAAGGGAGAAUCCGGUCAUAUUUCAGGUCAUGACUCGGAUCAUCUCCUCGUUCCCGAGCAUAUGAAUCUUCACCAAUUUCUUCCUAUGGGCGAUGUUGGUGAAGAAGAGUCGCAUUUGACCGCUGAAACCAUUGGAUGCACUCGGUGUAAGAAGCAGUUUGAGCAAGGGCCCCGCAAGUACAAGUUAUGUCCUUAUUGUAGAAAGUUGCAAAGGGAAAGAUCAAGACGGUGGCAACAAAAAACAAAAGAAAAAGUCGGUGUUUGUCGGCGAUGUGGGAUAACAAUGGACCCUGGUGAAUCAGAGCAAUUCGUACUGUGUGGGAAAUGUCGUGGUUCGUUAAGGACGAAGAAGAGGCAUAGAGCUGAAGAAGGGAGAUGUGUACAUUGUUCCGGCGAGAACGAAAACUCUGCCUACAAAGUUUGCAGUAGGUGUCGUUCUAAUGAUAAAGAGAGACGAAUUAGCCUGGAGAAGAGGGGCCUCUGUAAUCGGUGUGCUACUCUGUUAACGGAUUUGGAAAGAGAUCACAAAGUGUGUCUGAAAUGUCGAAACAAGAAACGAUACUGCAAAGGCGCGGGCCGUAAGUCUCUCCACGAGCAAGUUGAUGUAGCAGAAGCUGCGGCUGUUGCUUUGGCCAAUGGCACUAAAAACUUAAGUCCAAGCAACUCCAACUUGUCGUCUAAUUCAGGAGCCGCCUCUCUUCAUCUGCCUGAUGGGAUGACCGUUCAAGAGUUCCUUCUCUCUGCUCAGCAACAUUUGGGAGGUGGGACAGGACAUCUACAUCUAUUGCACCCAAGAUCUACCCAUGAUCCAUUAAGCAUGGGUGAUGCGAACAAAGUGUGUUUGAAAUGUGGAAUCGGCAUUUCCAUUGAUGACGUAAACAACAACGGGUCUUCCAAUUUUUGUGGCAAGUGUCUUGAGAGUGAAAGCAAUUUAUUUAUGAAUUCCGAGUCAUCCGCUCAACAUUGA